AGGCUGCUACUAAAUGUUCAAGAAAGAGAAACAGAAAGGGAUGUUUGCAGACCUGACUGGACACACAUCAAACACAGACCUCCGCAAUUGGUCUUUCUGCAUAGACUCCUCCCAGAACAAAUGGAUUUCUGGAAGCUGAAAAGAAACGGCGGGGAUGGGUGGUGCGUGGGAGAUUUGCCCGAAGACUGUGCCUACGACUUCGGUGACGAUAAUGUGACGAAAUACUUCGCCACCUCCUUUGAGCUGUGUCAGAAGAAGCAGGUGAUUGAUCUACUGGCAGAGGGCUUUUCUCCUGAAGACCUCGAUGCCCAGCCAGCUGUCACUGUGAAAGACCACUACAGUGGGUUGGGAUGCUGCGGGUGCAUCUACAAGUUGAAGGUGCGUCUGUUGAAUGAGAACAAGGAAGUUCUUCAGGAAUUUAAACCAGAACCAGUCACCCUCGACCCAGAUCAGGAUGAUAUGUCCUGGAGACAGGUGAGCCACACCUUCUCUGACUACGGUCCCGGCCUGCGCUUCAUCUCGUUUGAACACGGAGGAAAAGACACCAAGUGGUGGAAAGGCCAUUAUGGAGUCAGAGUCACUGGCAGCUCUGUUACUAUAGAGACCACGCAAGCUUCUCCAGCCAGGAAUCUCCUGAAGAACCCAUCUGGAAACGAUGCCAGUCCUGAACAAUCCUGUGACAGUGAAAUGCCCCGUGAUGACCCUGAAUGCUAUGCCAGUACUGAAGAAUCCAGUGACAGUGACAUAUACAGUGAUGACCUCGAAUGCUUCUUUAUUUCAGAUCAGAAUUUCAGUCAAGGAAUGGGGUGUAAUCUUUUAUACGGAAACCUUCACAGUGAUUCAGAGGAGUCCACUGUGUUUGAUGGGUUGAAAGACGUUGAGUGGAAGGGGGUCUUAACGUUCAGUCAGACAAGAUCAUUCCAGUCCAGGAUGGAGUGGAGGAAUUUACAUUUCCUGGAGCAAAUGGAAUUCUGGGAGGUGAUAAGAAAUGGUGGGGAUGGAUGGGGCGUUGGAGAUUUGCCUGAAGACUGUGGCUUUGGUGACGAUAAAGUGACCAAAUACUUCGCCACCUCCUUUGAGCUGUGUCUGAAGAAACAGGUGAUUGACCUACUGGCAGAGGGCUUUUCUCCUGAAGACCUCGAUGCCCAGCCAGCUGUCACUGUGAAAGACUACUACAGGGGGUUGGAUUGCUGUGGAUGCAUCUACAAGUUGACUGUGCGUCUGUUGAAUGAAAACAAGGAAGUUCUUCGGGAAUUUAAACCAGAAACAGUCACCCUAGACCCAGAUCAUGACAAUAAUACUAUGUCCUGGAGACAGAUGAGCCACACUUUCUCUGACUACGGUUCCGGCCUGCGCUUCAUCUCAUUUGAACAUGGAGGAAAAGACACCAAGUGGUGGAAAGGCCGGUAUGGAGUCAGAGUCACUGGGAGCUCUGUUACUAUAGAGACCAUGCAAGCUUCUCCAGCCAGGAAUCUCUUGAAGAACAUAGAUGGAAACGGUGCCAGUCCUGAAAGUUCUGAUGAGUCCUUGGAAAGUAAAAGAAAUGGUGGUGACGCCCAGAAUUUGAAUAUACCAGGCAGGAAUCUACUGAAGAACCCAGCUGGGGCAGAGCAACUGGAAUUGUGGAAGCUGAAAAGAAACGGCGGGGAUGGGUGGUGCGUGGGAGAUUUGCCCGAAGACUGUGCCUACGACUUCGGUGAUGAUAAAGUGACCAAAUACUUUGCCACCUCCUUUGAGCUGUGUCAGAAGAAGCAGGUGAUUGACCUACUGGCAGAGGGCUAUACUCCUGAUUACCUCGAUGCCCAGCCACCUGUCACUGUGAAAGACUACUACAGUGGGUUAGGAUGCUGUGGAUGCAUCUACAAGUUGACUGUGCGUCUGUUGGAUAAGAAGAAGAAAGUGAUUCAGGAAUUUAAACCAGAACCAGUCACCCUCGACCCAGAUCAUGACGAUAUGUCCUGGAGACAGGUGAGCCACACCUUCUCUGACUACGGUCCCGGCCUGCGCUUCAUCUCGUUUAAACACGGAGGAAAAGACACCAAGUGGUGGAAAGGACAUUAUGGAGUCAGAGUCACUGGCAGCUCUGUUACUAUUGGGGCCCCAAGACAACAAGAAGCAUGAGACCUGAGACGAAAGAACAGUAAAUAUGGAGAGGAAAUAGCUGGGAAUAAAUGUUAAAAUAAUUAGGAGAUGAGAAGGGCACCAGAAAGGCUAAAAUGCUAAGCAUAUAUUGUUGAUGCUAAAAUUAUUUUAAAAAAGUAAAGAUCUGCUAGCUUCUGCACAAAGCACUCAAAGACACCAGUAAACUAGUCUCAUUAUAUACACACUGGUAUGUUUUUCAUUUGCAAAGGACCACCAAACCCACUGGGCCCAAUGGCUCAGUCCAAUACAGGACCAAGAUGGGCCUCAAAUUCAGCAAAUGUGUUUGUCUUUGGCAGGGCUGCUAGUUCAUUUAUGGUUUAUCUGUGUGACUGGCACACCUUGUCUCUCUGCUCCAGGCUGUACGGCAACAAUACUUAUCAUGCUGCUAGCGAUGCUAAAUCAGCAACCUAAUUACUCAGAAAUGUUCUGUUAGUGAAAUCACUAAUUUGUUUUGAUGGCAAAGACAUUCCCUAUUCUGUUGGGAUAACUCUAUUUAGUCAAGUAGUCUGUUGUUCGGUCAUUGGGUUCUUGAUUGUCUAACAUUUUCAUAUUCUAUAAGUCUAAACAUUUUCAUAUUCUAAAGUCUAUUUUGUUCCAAAUCAAUGUGAUGUUCUAUUCACCGUUAAUUUGGUUUCCGUGGGUCUUCCCUGAUAAAGCUAAGUUGACCUGAAUAAGUCACCUGUAAAUGUCAGACCGGGAUUAAAUAAAUGGCGACAUUUUAAAUUCAAUAAACUUUGAGAGUACAGGUUUUGACCAAAGUGUCCUACUCUUGCCAGAUCAGUAAUUCCACCUUACUUGCUGACAGCCCAAUGGAUUUCUAAAAUUGGCAUGUGUUGAAACCUAAGUCUCCUUUCCAGAUGAACAGCAAAUAGAAAAUGACAUUGUACAUGUGUUGAAACACCAAACACUCAAACACACAAAAAUAUAGAUUAUGAUUGUGAGUUGGGAUGUUUUAAGCUAUACAUGUUUUUUUUUCUCAUAAUUAUUUCAUUCUUAUAAAAGUACAUAUGAAAGUAGAAUUUUCCUAUACUCGUUUAUUUUUCUGUUAAGAUGGACCCUCAUGAAUGGAAACUGUAAUAGAUCCUUUUGAAUAGGAUAGUGCUGUUUUUAACUGAGUCAUUCCCUCUGGGGGGGGGGGGGCUUGCAGCUAUCCUGUGUAGCUGACAGCAAUAUGGACUUUAUCAAAUUGCUAUGUAUUGAAACAAAUUGUGUUCCUUAUAACACAAAACACCCCGACACACAAAUUACCCACGAUGUUGAUGUUGCCCGAUUUCUGUCAAAUCAAGAUACUGUGUGCUACUCACCACAAUGAUGGUAUAUCAAUACUGGUCAAGAUGAAACUGAACAGGGUCAAAGGUAGAAAGGGUGUUAUUGCUGAUGUUCAAACCACAUACCAAAUUACCAUGAGAUCCAUGGAGAAGAAGUCCGAUUUUGACUGAUUCUUGGAUGACCCUCAAUCUUUUUGAAUAGAAAGGUGUUAUCAGAUGGUCAUUUCUCUAGAGCGAAGAGAAAGUACUUGUUAUGCUGAACUAGUUGAAGUGAAGAACCCCUUUAUCGUGUGUUGUUGUGACCUGUCUGCUGCAGUCCUUAAGAUCAGUUUAAUUUACUGUAACCACUGUGUAAUGUCAUUUAAAUCAAUAAAAUUCAUUAUUAUUGCA